AUGGCGGCAGAAGUACAACCGUUGCCGCUGGUGCGUGGCCCACCUGGUCCAGCACCUCUGACAGCAGACCAAUCAUACUGGAAAUCUUUCAAGAAUCAACUUCUGCUGCCAUCGCCGCAUAAUUCUGGAGUCACCUCAAUCACGAUACCCGACUUCAAACCUACUGGUGCACAAGCCGACACUUUCGCGGUGACAUCUGGUAGCAGAGUACAAAUAUACAACACCAAGACGAGAAAAUUGGUCAAGACAAUUAGCAGAUUUGGUGUAGACGAUACAGCGAGAUCUGGUGCAUUACGGCGGGAUGGACGAAUACUGCUUGCUGGAGGAGAUAGCGGUGUGGUUCAGGCGUUCGAUACCGGGUCAAGGGCUAUCCUGAGGCAAUGGCGUGGCGAGCAUGGGCACAAGCAGGCUGUACACUGCGUGCGAUGGAACCCAAAGGUCCUGACGGACCUGAUGAGUGUGAGCGACGACAGGACAGUACGGGUCUGGGAUCUAACGGAGGAUGUGGCCAAGUGGACAGGCAUUGGUCAUGAGGACUAUGUGAGGUCUGGAUGCUAUCUACCGGGACAGGAUGGAAUGAUCGCAACUGGAAGCUACGACCAGACAGUUCGCCUAUGGGAUACAAGACAGCCAGGCAAUGCCAGGCCAGCUCUGACCUUCAAGCACGCCGCACCGAUAGAGAAUCUGCUACCUUUAAGCUCGUCCAUGCUUGCUUCAGCUGCUGGGAACGAGGUCACUGUGCUCAAUCUGAUCGCUGGAAAAGUCGAGCACAUUAUACGGUCGCACCAAAAGACAGUCACUUCGCUAGGAGUCGGCGAGAAUGGUACGCGCUUACUGACAGGUGGUCUCGACGGCCAUAUCAAGGUCCACAACACAGCGAACUGGCAAGUGGUAGCUGGCAUCAAAUAUGCUUCACCUAUACUAUCAUUAUCUGUCAUCAGCUCUGGCGUCAAGGAGACCACCAGAGAAGACCGCCACCUAGCUGUCGGACUCCAGACCGGUCUACUGUCUAUCCGAACAAGACUAGCAGGCGCUGAGAAAGUCCGUGCAAGAGAGAAGACGAAGCGCAUGGACGCCUUAAUUGCAGGCGAGGCAGACGACUACGAGCGCAAGCAACGCAAAAAGGACAUGCGGCAAGGCAUACGCGCCCGAGAUCGCGGCAAAGACUACCGUGGUGAAGGCGCUGAUCUGAUCGUCGACGGUAACGACCGCACGCGCCAGAAGCCGCUGAGACCGUGGCAACAAAGCCUCCGAACCGGCAAGUACGCCCGCGCCUUAGAUCAAGUCCUCACCCCCGAUCGCACGCACGGUUUCAGCAACGAAGACACAAUAACCCUCCUCACCACACUGCGGCACCGUGAAGCCCUGCGCACAGCCUUGGCCGACCGCUCCGAAGCCCAGCUCCUGCCUAUCCUCCGCUGGAUUCUGAAGAACAUCAAUCACGCGCGACAUGUCAAGACGAUCUAUGAAGUCGUUAUGGUGUUGCUGGAUCUGUACAGCCCGCGGUUAGCAGCAUGGCAGGAGCUCGAGGAUGAGGAUGCAAAAGAUGUGCUGCAGUUGAUCAAGAGGAUUGGGAGUCGGGUGAGGAAGGGAGCGGAUUAUGCGGGCCAGGCGUGUAAUACUAUUGGUAUGAUGGAGUUGAUGGGGUUGGAGGUUGGAUGA